AUGAUGAGAAAACUUUACUAAAAUCUAUUUAAUUUGAUGUAUAAUUAGCCAUAAAAAGAUAUUAAUAAAGAAUUGAAUAAAUAGCUUAAUUAUAAGAAGAAAGAAGUUCAUUAAGAUCUUGUUAAUAAGAAAUUGUACAAUAUUUAACAACUCCAUAAUAAGAAAAAAAUUAAAUAGAAUUUGAUUCUGAAAUUUUAACAAAAAGAUCAGCUUCUAAAAGUACUGUAUAGAACACUUAAAUUAAUACAAAUAUUAAUAAAUUGAAAUAAUUAAAUAAAAAUAUUUUAGGUGAUAAAAAAUCGAAUAAAACUUUUAAAAUACUAUCAGAUAAAUAGAAUAAAUUUAAGCAAAAAAAAAAGUAAAGUAAUUAAUCUCUUACUGAAAUAAGUCUGCUCAAUAAAAAGCAAUCUUUAAAAAAAGAUGGUAAUCUUAGUUAAAAAUCUGUUUCAACUCGUUAACCAAGUGUAAAGGAAAUAGCAAUAAAUUUAGAAUAAAGAAGAUCUACUGGAAUGACAUUGCGAAAUUAGCCAAGAUAAUCAAGAAAUUCAAUAAAUUCUUUUGAUCAUAAGUAACCGACUACAAAAACAAAAAAACCAUAAGUAUUCUGA